AUGACGACAUGGGAGGAGGCACUUACAUCAUGGGGAGCGGUGUAUAUAGCACUGCUCCUACCGGCUAUCUUGAUGCUCGUCAACUUUGUUUUUGGCAAAUGUUUUGUGAGCGAGGCCAUGUGCAGGGCUCGGCACACACCUCAGUCGGUGCACACUCGGUCGCGCAUUCUUGGAAGAGCAUAUGUCGCCCUUGUCACUCUCUCCUUCGCGUGGCAGUACUACGUUGUAAUGUUCGUGGUUCGAACCCAGACGGACGGAAACGCUGAUGUUCGUGCCUGCAACCCACUUUUUUUUGUGUGGGACCUGAUCGAUCACUUGCCAUAUCUACGGGGUAUGCAGCUGUCACUGCUGGUCCAAUGCUGCUCUUCAGAUGUUACGUAUCUCGUUCUCGUUGGGCUUUUUGCGUUCUUUUACGCGUCGUGUGUGUUUAGUGUACCCCAGGCCACCCCUGGCAGUGCCGCCGCGGAAGGGCAGGACGUCAUUUCUUACUGCCGGCGUUGUGGCACGCACGUCCAUCAGAUGGACCACCACUGCUACUUUAUCGGCAACUGCGUUGGCGAACGUAACAGGCGUUUGUUCCUGUGCUGUCUUGUAGCCGGCGUGGCAAAUCUCAGCUAUCUCUUGUACAAGUACGCCCUGUGGGUAUUCGCGCACGGUGACGCCGUGACAAACGUUGGUGCAAUCUUGGUGAUGGUCUUUGACGUGUUCUUGGCCGGUCUUCUUGGAUUUCAGGUGCUCGUGUUGCGGCGUGGCUGGACGACAAGAGAGUUCCUGCGCCGCAGGCGGCAUGAGAAAGAACCGGUUGUGCGCUGCAUACUUCGGCUCUGCUUCUCCUGA